AUGUACAACAGUCCUAUUCAGGACUACAAUUACAAGGACAAUCAUGCCUCACCUACCUAUGAAGUGACUCCUGGGUUCAUACCUCUCAUAGUGCUACUCUGUAUGUUAAACGCAACAGCCAUCUACACCAAGCGGUCCUCUACAGCACAAAGCUGCGUAAGCACCAAGGAACAUGGUUACCAUGUGAAGUGGAAGCACUGAGUAUUGCUGCUUCUGUCAAAAACUUUAGCCCGGUCAUCAUCCAGUCAAAAAACUGUACAUGUGUUGUGACAGACAGCCAACCCAGCGUCCAGGUCAUCAACAAGCUAUGCCGAGGAGAGUUUUCUGCCGACCCCGCUUUACGUCUUUCCUAAUCGCUCUCUGUAGAUAUCAACUGAGUCUGCAACACCUCGCAGGCAGUGCAAAUUUACCCUCUGACUUUGCCAGCCGAAACACUUCUGACCGAAAUGCACCCCUUUGUGUAAUCUGCUCCUUCAUUCUUGAAACUGAGAAUUCUAUCGUAAUACUUAGUGUGUUUUUCCAAGACAUUGAGAGAAUGGCAAGCAUCUACCAUUCACCAUCAGGCCCGCAUGGUUUAGUGUCCAAAAUGAGUACCCUAAUUUAUGCCACAUCUGCGCCCACCUGAAACAAGGACUGUCUGUCGAAGACAGUAACUCACAUAAAAAAGACGUAAUGCAGUAUCUGAACAUCGCUAUGAUUUCUAACGAUGGUUAGUCUUGCAACAUCAGUAACAACUGUCGCCCCUCACUGAAAUGAUCGUGGUACCAUGCUACAUUCUUGACCACCUUUCAAAGCACCAGCUUCAAAUGAUGUUACAGCGCCAGUUGCUCUUGAUAUAAUCACCGCCAUCACUUGCGUGUCAGAUUCCUGCCACACCUGCGCCUCUAAAAGUUCCAAGAUACCCUCACCAUCCAGACAUCAGAUGAUCCAACUGAAAUCGUGGGUGUGUCAUUUGCAGCUGAUGUCACCAUCCUGCUUGAAAGAAUGUAGCACCUCCUUCACUGUAUUGUGCAUAGUACCUGAUAAUAAAGGUGACACUUCUUUGUGAUGCCCUUGUCAGGCUGGUCGUAGCCCUACACCACUUGGAUGGUCCCACCGCAGUAAUACAUGUUGACCUUGCACCUGGAUUUGUCUCGCGAAUGAACACCAGUGCUCGAAGAAACCUUGGUUUUCCCAUUGAAGUCGGCCAGAUUGAACUGUCAAGAAAAUCCUGUUGUUGUAUAGGCAGUACUUGAAAACGGGUCUCUUAUGCCCAGAGCGUCGUGAGAGCCAUGUUGCUGAACUAUGGCUUGAUGUAGCUACAGUCCGUUUAAACUUGCAACUCCAAAUACAAGGCUUUCGCCGGUGAGAUUUGGAGGCAAUAAAACCAGUUCACUCACAAGCAGGUACCUGUGUCCAACAUGCAGCACAUCAUAGCAAACCACACCGACUGCCAAAGGAACCAUCCAUACGGCAAAAAAGCCAAAGGAUGCCAUGACUCAUUAAAGACUUCAGCUCCUCUAAAAGUUGGAGGUCGUAUACAUAAAAUCUGACCGGUAUGUGUCACAAGCUUGCACAAAGUACAUCAUUGCCCGCAUCGAUAGAGAGUGGUGUUUCGAUAAAAAAUUCUCUGGUUCCCAACUCCGCGACAUUGUACAAAAUCAAAUUAUCUAAGUGUUACGGUGUACUCCCAACUGUCGUACCAUCAGCUUCCCAUGAUUACGAUGGUGACUGCGGCUCUACCUUUGCAUCUCUUCUCUGUUGUUAGCCACUCGUCGCUCCACCUGAGCUACCUCGGCCACACAGUCCAGACUCUUCAGACUCCUUUCAUGCCAACCCAAGUACCCACAAGCCUUUCCUCCAGAUGUAACAAGCUACUCCCAUUCUCUGGCUCCUACAUCUACCUUGUCUUCUUCGUGCAGCUGAGAUCGCCCAAGUCACCAAUCACCGCUGGCUCAGGGUCUACACUUCCAAAGUAGGGAUUCGGACUGCCUAGGAUAAGGGGGGAUUGACUUUGUGAACUGUGAGACAAUCUGCCACUUAAUGUGGAUGGAGGUGUUGGUAUUUCUAGGAUACUUCUGCUCGUUUGUUUGUUGAAAAAAGGUGAUGCUCCAGUGGGCGUUGUUAGGCGAGCAGGUGCUCUCUUUUUUCUUGUCGUUCUUUCAUGCGCUUGCUGGCCGUAUUAUUUUAACUGAGUUGCUGCCAUUAAACCGUAACUGUUCGCUGUUCACGGGUCAUCUGUGCCUCAUUACUGGUGGUGGGUAUAGUUGGACUUUAAUGUCUAACUAAUUCACACCAUUCCUUGCCAUUGAAGCAGUUUCAAGUACUGGUUGCUUACUGUAGUUAAAAAAGUAUUUUAGUUUAACCCUUACUGCUAUUGUAGAUGUUUUGUUACUUAGAGUAGUCAAAAAACCUUGAAAAAACAUGUCAGUGAGAGCUUGAAAAUAAGUGUGAUGCAGUACUAAAUAUGAAUGUGCACAUACUUUUAAAUGACAAUUUUGACAGGAAAAAAAUCAGCCUUAGGGGGCCUUUCUUUCAGAUUCAAGGAUUACUCUGGCGAUUUCUAAGGAAGUUUUUUCUUUGUGAUGUAUUUAUUGUAAGAAUCCUUAUUCGAAAACAGUUUAUGGGGUUAAAUUAAUUAACGGCUGUUUUUUUGUGACCAGGUAUCUUUGAACAUCAUAGAAAUGGUGGCCAUCAGAAGGAAGAGAAGAAUUCUUCUGAAAAAAGGUGAGUUUAUUUAUUCACCGGGUGAUAACAUAUGACUAAACAGAACAGCAUUCACUGAGCAGGUGUGUAGAUUUUCCAUCACUGAAAAGGGAAAACGUAGAUGCAGUUAAUGUCUAGUGUCAUGGGAGAGGAAUUUCUUUUAAACAACAUAAGAGGAAAAGAGUCAGAGAAAACAUAGCUACUUCGUUAAUGUUACACCUCUUUCUCAGGCACCGCUUGCGUGGCUUAGUGGGCAAGUUCGCUUUCUUUAAAUUGAACAUAUGUCGGCCGCUUCUUCCCUGUCGUUGUUUAAUUUAGUUUGGAUGACUUAUUGAGGUGGUUUAGCUCCCGGUUGAACCUCCGUUGUCGGGCCAUUUUACUUUUUUUUCUUUAAGUUCCUAGAAAAAUUUUGACUUUUAAUUUUUUUUUGCCUUUUUUCUUCUUCUUUUUAAUCAGCAAGAGAGUUCUAUUAUUUGAGACUCUUUUCUUGGUUAAAGAAGAAAAAAAGGCGAAAAAAAAUUUUAAGUCAAAGUUUUUUCUAACAAUUCGAAGAAAAAAAAGUAAAAUGGCCCGACAACGGGGGUUCAACCGGGGGCUGAACCCCCUUGAUAAGUCACCCAAAUUAAAUUAAACGGCGGCAGGGGGGAAGCGGCCGCCUUGUGUUUAAUUUAAUGAAAGUGAGCUUAUCCACUAGGCCACGCAAGCGUUGCCUGAGAAAGAGGUGCAAAAUUAACCUAGAAGUAGGUACAGGCUCUAUUGUUCUCAGUGAAUCACGUUGAUUAGUCAUAAUUUAUUCAUUUCACGUGCGGAAUGUUUUCUUAUUUGCAAAACAAAGUCCAAAAACCUAAAACAAGUUUCUUGAAUAUUCGCAACUUCAACGGGAUCUCAAGCUACUUGCAGCGUCAAAACAUUUAAGGAGAGUAGGAUUUUAACCAGUUGGUUGUAUUAGAGUAGAAGUUCUUGAAGAGCAAUUGAGUGUGUCGGUAGAUUUAUUUUAUUCGGUGAUCACUUUUGCUAGUCAUAAUUUAUUCAUAAGCCGUGCAAAACAACUUAAAUAUUCAAAAACGAUUUGUUAUUGAGACCACGUUUUUGUCAACAAGUGUUUGACUUUAAAUUCUGUUCGAAAGAGUAUGACGAAGUACAGUGGGUAGCUUAGUGUACAAGUUAGUUCACGUUUUUUUGUUACGCUUUUACAUCAUUUUCAGGUGCAGCGUUGUGAAGACUCCAUGGCUACAGAAACCUAUUUACAGUAUGGAUCGCGAAGAAGAAAAGCGUUGUGAAUUGUUAUUAAAGUUUGAUACAUUUUAA